UCCCUCCUUCGUCCUCCCUCCUCGUUCGUCCUCCUCCUUCGUCCUCCUCCCUCCUUCGUCCUCCUUCUUCCUCCUCCCUCCUCCUCUUUGUCCUCCGUCCCUCCCUCGUCCUCCCUUCCUCGGCACCCCCAGCCAGCCGCGCCCCUUCCCUUCCUCUCCGCCCCGAUGCACCCCGCCACCUGCGUGCGCCGGCUGCAGCGCGAGCUGCGCAGCGUUCAGGAGGAGGGCGGCGUGUCGCCGACGAUCCACCUCGCGGCCCGCGACGGCGACAUCACCACGCUCGAUGCGCUGAUAUUCGGCCCCCCGGACACCCCCUUCGACGGGGGCGUUUUCCACUUUGUGAUAAAGGUGCCGCCGCAGUACCCGAUGGAGCCCCCAGAGAUAAAGUUCAUGAACACGGACGGGGGAACGCUGCGGAUCCACCCGCAGCUUUACGAGAACGGCAAGGUGUGCCUCAGCAUCCUGGGCACCUGGCACGGCCCGCGGUGGGUCGCGACGCAGGGGCUGCGGUCGCUGCUGCUCUCCGUGCAGUCGCUGCUAAACGAGGAGCCCCUGCGCUGCGAGCCUGGCAUGGAGGGCUGCUCGAUGGACGCGGUGGAGAGGGCCAAUGUCUUCAUAGCGCACGAGACUGCGCGCGUCCUGGCGCUCGCGGCGCUGGCGGAGCCAAGCUGGGGCGCGUCCGGGUCGGCGGAGGAGCUCACCGCCGCGGCGCGCGCCCAUGUGCGGAGCCGCCGCGCGCCCGUGGUGCAGCGGCUCGUGGCGCUGGCGGAGACGUACGACGGCCGCGGCGUGGAGACGCUCUUCGCCUCCCUGCCGGCGUCGCGCUCGCGCAGGUACGGCUUCGGGGAGCUGGCGCGAAGGCUGCGGGAGGAGCUCGGGGAGCCGCUGCCCCGCGCGCCCCGGGCCGCCGAGGGCGAGGGGUCCGAGCAGGACGGCAGCUGCUCGAGCAGCGGGGACGAGGGCGAGAGCCCCUGCUGCCGCAUCUGCCACACGACCGAGGAGGAGAGCGAGGCGCCGCUGGUGCGGCCCUGCAGGUGCUCGGGCAGCAUCGCCCUCGCGCACUCCGACUGCCUCCUUGCCUGGAUGCGGCACACGCCGCCGAAGUUCAGCGAGGGCGGCGAGUUCCGCUGCGACCUGUGCGGCGCGCCCCUCCACGUCCGGCUGGGGCGCAGCGAGCCCGUGGGGCUGAGAUACCUCAACAGGUCUCUCGACGAUCUGGAGGGGGACGGGGAGAGAGAGAUCACGGCGUUCGACGCCUGCGGGCUGGCGUACAUCCUUGUGCUGUCCAUGGGUCAGGUGCUGUUCAGUGCGCUGGCGGGGGUCAUGGCCGAGACGCUGGGCUGGCUGGCGGAGCUCCUCUGGUGGCCGCCGGCACUCGUGCUCCCGGAGCGGCACCCCGCCUUGACGAAGUAG